GACAGACAUGAUCUCCACGGAGUGGACAUUCCUCUUGAUCGUGACGAUCGUAUCGAGCAGCAUUCAGCAGCCAACUUUCUUCAAAAAUUCGUUCAAAGGGCUGAAUGGUGUCACUCUGAGGGACCACGCAUACGACAGGAAUGAGAUCACAGCCGUUUACUAUUACGAUCAGACUGUGGCGGUGGUCGAUCUCGGAGCGAAUAACGAACUACACAACUGCAACCUGAUCGAAGUAUACGAGCAAGAUGAGGCCAGUGAGAUUUUGCGAAACCUGUCGUCAACGACAGUCCCCCAGCUGGUGUCCUUCCAACAGAUGACGAGGCUCAUGCAACAGUGUGAACUGUUGGACAAAAUCCAGCACGACGCCACGGGCAUGUCAAACGUGGUGAGCAAAGGCAGUCACAGUGUUGGUAGUGUACUGUCCCUUCUCUCAGGUAUCUUGCCAGGAACAAAAUGGUGUGGUGCUGGCGACAUCGCUGAGAACUACCACGAUUUAGGUCGUGAAACUCAAAUCGAUAGAUGUUGUCGCAGCCACGACCUUUGCCCUGUGAAAAUUCGUGCUCAACAAACGCGAUACAAUCUUACCAAUUACUCCGUAUAUACCAAAUCGCACUGCGCCUGCGACGAGACGCUGUAUCAUUGUUUAAAAGCGACGACGAGCCCGACAGCGCAGAUCAUGGGUCGCAUAUAUUUCAACGUAAUAAAAGUACCUUGCAUCGAGGAUGUAUCGGAAAACACUCUCGACUAUUCUUCCAUAGGGUUAGAACGACGAUUUAUUCCUGUGAAAAUGAGUUAUUGAGACGGAUACAGUGUUGCAAGUAUUGUCAAUAAUUUUCAUACUUUUGUACUACACUAACGUAAAAUGUGAAAUGGGGAAGGGAGUUUUUUUGUUUUCGUUUUAUUGUAUAUAAAUAUAAUAGUUGUGUAGUAAUGAGCUUACAAGAUAUUCAAGUUCCAUUUACUGUAUUUGCUGAUACUGCCGGGUUGUAGAUAAAAUUGCUUGCUUCAAAAAUGACAGUCGAGGGAUGAUGCUUUGUACAGCUAUUUUAACAUCGGGAGAUUCAUGAUUGCAAAGAUUACCUGUAAAAAAUAUUUAUUUUUGUUUAUAUUUACACAGUUAUCUUGUUAAAGUAAUAAUAAAGUAUUUGUUAUUACCUAUUAA